AUGGAUACAGCUCUAAAACGCCAUGAACACCUUCACAACUCUCCAUCACCAACUCGCCAUGAAACCCUAGCCAAUGUUGAUAACAAUGGCGAAGACAGAAUCAGCAAUUUGCCAGAAUCGAUUCUCUGUCACAUCCUCUCCAAACUGCCCACCAAAUUCGCCGCCAGCACAACCAUCUUAUCCACCAAAUGGAACAACCUCUUUGCUUCAAUCCCCAAUCCCACCAUCGACAUCGACGAUUCUCUGCUCUUGAAUCCCCACGACAACACCACCAAUUCCAAUUUCAUCAAUUUCAUGAACCACUUGUUCACAGUCACUCUCAUGGACGUCCCAACUAUUCACAAACUUCAUCUCCAGUGUCAUCACGACUAUGGUUAUUCCAACAUUGGUGAAUGGGUAUCUAUUGCUUUAAAUCGAAAUGUAACUGGGCUUUCGUUGUUCUUCAAUGUGAAGAGCACGGGUGUGUCAAUUCCUGGUCUUUUUGACUCCACAACGCUUGUGGAUUUGUUACUGAGCCAGCACUAUGGUUUGAAUGUUACAGAUUCAGUUUUUUUUUGCCGAAACUUAAGCACCUUUAUUUGGAUUAUGUUGGAUUUGUCGAUGGAGAAUCGUUCGAGAGGGUUGUUGAUGAAUGCCCUGUUCUUGAAGAAUUGUCUUUGGAUGGUGUUGAAUUUGAGGAGAUUGAACUUCUUCGUAUCUCUUCGAGUACGAUUAGGUUUUUAUUGGUGCACAAUUGCUACCAAUCUCUCCUUCACCAGAUCUAAUCUCUCUCUCUCUACCGAGGUUUCAAUCGUUCAAAAUAAAAUUCGAAGAUGUUGA